UAGUGCGGAGUUGGCCGAACACAUCAUUCUGCCGAUUCAAUGGGUUGAUGUCGACGGGCGCUCCAGUCUAAAUUCGUGAGGCGCUUAUUCCAUUACCCCGCCACUCGACCCGGACGUGCUGGUCACAAUGUCUAAGUUUAGAGCCCCCCUGCUGCAAGCCGAAGCUGACCUGAGAAAGGCUCAUCGAGAGAUCAAGGCAGAUGCUCUGAAAGAUGUCGGCGAUCCUAUCUUGGUUAAAGGGAAAGUUAUUCGUAUGAUCGUUCGUGAUCAAGAUGCUUGGACAACCGAAAGCACGGCUAUCGUAAGAAGGAUAAAUCUUCAGACAGGGGAAACGCUACAAAUCUACCGGGGUCACUCAGCUCCCGUUACUUGCCUUGCAUUCUACACGGUUGAGCGGGGUGGGAAGACGUCUGAACUACUUAUCACGGGCUCGUGGGAUAAGACAAUUAGAAUUUGGGACACAGAAACUAAGGAAUGUGUAUCCACAACGGACGCUCACGAUGAUUUCUUGAAAUCGAUAUGCGUCAUUCCUUCAUUGCGUUUAGUGGCCUCUGGCGCAUCGGACAAAAGCAUUCGAAUGUGGGAUCUCUCCGUGCUUUCUUCCAGCCCCGCAUCCCAGCUGCUUCACGUCGGGACGUUCACAGGCCACACACGACCCGUGGAGUGCCUGUCCGUGGACGGAGCCCCACGGUUCGCUGCCGAAGAAGAAUACGCAACGAUCACUGAAAAUCUCCGGCUUUACUCUGCAGACAGCAUGGGUGUUAUUAAAAUUUGGUCCCUAGAUAUUUCGACGAGGGCUUCUGGCGCCCUUUCAAUACGAGGCAAUGUCGUAAGAGAGAAUAAAGCCCAUAGAACGGGGAUCAAUGACAUGGUGGUAUCGAAUGGCCAAAUCUGGACAGGAUCAACUGAUUAUAGUGUUAUUAUCCAAGGCAACUGCAGUACGGAUGACGAACCUUCCCCCACAGUUGAAGUCAUGAGCCCCAAAACAAUCACUCACCCCUCCCUCGUCCGUGCUGUCUUACCGCUCCCGCUCGUUCACGUCGACGAACCGUACCUCAUCUCAGGGUCGGCGGACAAAAUCUUCGUUUGGGACAUCACUUCCGUCAAUCAGAAACACGGCGUUAUUGAGAAAGUUGUUGAAUUGGACGCUCAUUCUCAUGAUGUUACCGCGAUCGAAUUCUGGGAGCAAGCCCCAAAAGGAAAAUCGGGAAUCAGUGAAAUUUGGAUCGUUACUGCGGGUUUGGAUUGCAUGGUUCGCCGCUGGCGCCUUAAGGAUAUCCUGAACGGGACAUAUCAGCGCCAAGUGGAUGCAGCCUUGAAGCUUGAUAAAUCGAGGAGAACACCACCAAGCGCAACAAUUACAGAAGAGGAAGAGCGAGAACUGGAGGAACUAAUGAGCUCGGACGAUUGAGUGUAUCUUCUGAUCUCAUGGUGGCUAGAUCAGCUCGCAGGGUGUCAAGCGUAGACUCACCCCCCCCCCCCACAAGUGCCGUAAUCAAUGCAUCUGACGACUCUGGCAGUGUUUUCGAUUGGCCCAACUAACAACUGCGUUGCGUUUCCCUUGUGGAUGUCCACGAGUAGCCUAAGCAUCCAA